GUCGAGGGAGCGAGUAAGAGUAGAUUCGACGAGUGUCUGCUGCUUCAACGUUUCUUUCUUUCCUCUCUGGUGUAAUAUGCGGGGUAUUUUAAUACAGUUGUGAAAAAAAUGUACACACAGUCUUGAACUGCUCAGCUGCGAGUGUACGUACGUGACAGUAGCUCCGCGUGCGUACGUUGACAAGUGGCAGCCACUUUAUCAACCCUUGAUAAGAGAUAAUAGACUUCGCGCGCGCAUAUGUAAGAGGAAGACACGAGUCGCUCUCUCAGCGCGCCGGCGAACCGCAUAACCAGCCCGCUGAUGCAUCUGCACUGCACAGUCGUGGUUAAUUUUUUUUCUCGUCCGCGACUGAAACGCGCGACUCUCUUUUAGCAUUGAUAUUUGCUCUAGUCUACUUUUUAUCUGUUAUACCUAUAGGUACUAUACUAUAAGAUGAGAUGAACGAGCACUGCGAGUACACAUAUAUUGUUGUAAAGAUUUGAAAAUAAAUGUAGGUUUUAGUCGCGGCUUUGAAAAACAUUUAGCGAUAUUUAGGACUAUAAUAAAUAUAAUGUAAUAAUCUAUUGAACAAUUCGAUAAAACCAAUCAAUACAAUGUAUGAUUGGAAAAGUAGACGAGGAAUAAGUAGAAGCAGACAAUUUUCAUGUAGAACCUAAAUUCUAGUCGGACUUAUAUGUUCUGCAAGCUAAUCUUCCGUACGGCUACUGUAACUACUGAUUUAUACCAUUUUUUCAUAAAAUACCUACAUCUCAUUAAAGAAAAGCAAAUAAGAAUCCACCCGCGAUAUGCUUAUACCUAAAACUCGAAAGCCAUCAGAAUUGCACGAACUUUUCGCGAAAAAGCUCGCAUCAUCGCACCGAAAGCUGUAUAUUUAUGCAUGAUGCAGCUUCGAAAAAUUGGUCAAGGUUGAGCACCACUGGCCGGCCAAACCUAACCUGCGCGCGGCGCGAUAUUUAUGUAACUUGGCCUGCUCUCGCGCCGAUGAAGGGCAGCUGAUCCUCCGCUGCACCCCGUGAUCCUCUACUUGAUCGCUCGUGUUCUGCAUGUGCGACGACGACCUCGACUCUCGCCGAGCUACCUGAACAGCUUCGCAGGUUACGGCUCUGGAUCCCCUAAGUAAAUUAGCCUAGUUUUUUCAUAUCGACGAGCAAUGGGCUCGAGCCAGAGCGCCCGCAAGCUGACGAUCGUCAACGAGGAGGACGACGUCAAUGUCAUCAGGAUUUCGGACGCCGUCGCCAAGAGGCUGGCCCAGAGCGCUGAGGCUGCCAACGAAAAACCAGCUGCCGCUGCUGCUGUGACGAGGGAAGCGGUCAGGGCUCCUGCACACGAACCCACGUCUGCUGCGGUGCCUGCCAGGAAUGCAGCUGCCAUGCAGGAGCUGUCCGAUGCCUACUAUCCAAACUUCACAAUAUCUGCUCUGGAGAUGCAGCAGCAGAAGGAGAGGGAACUCGCUGAUCAGGAGGCCUACUGGCAGAGACGCCUGCAGAACCUCGAGAGGACGCAUGAAAAAAUCAAUCGAGCUAUCGAUGAAGAGUACAAGAAGGCUCUCACGAUCUUUGACGACAGUAGAGUGAUCAAAGUCCAGGAUGCAGUGAAGCCAUGCAAUGUGAACAGGCAAAAAGUCUUAAAAUGCUACCAGGAUAAUCCAAAGGAAACACUGCGAUGCGCCGAUCUGGUGGAACAAUUUUCAAACUGCGUGGAUCAACGCCGAGCACAGCUGAUGCGAUGCAAUUAAUACCUGCCAGCUAGUGUUGAAAAGAGAAAAAUGUAAAAAAAAAUUUGUUUUGCUCACCAGGAAAUACAUAACUCCUAGUUGUUGGUAAUUUACAAUAAUUUAUGACUUUGUGGAAUAUUUUGAAAGAUGGUGUAUGACAUGUGUGAAUGCGAGUUCCAGCAACUGUAUAAUAAAUAAACCAAGUUUGACGGUUGUGUUAUUUCAAAUCUCCACAGGGAUUGGUCAAGAGAAAGCUUAUGGACUUUGAAUUCGUCGGGGUCCUUAGAAUAUUUUUAUUAAAUAAAAUAUUACAAAUGGAAAAAUGAA